UCGGAGAUGCGCCUCGUCCAGUCAUCACGCCAAAACCAAUAUUCCCCCUGUCAGCUGUGUGACGCGGAGUGAGACUGGCAGCGCGCGGACCGCUGCAGGCUGAACCAGCUUUGGGGUUACAACAAGUCUUUCUCUCUCUCUCUCUCUUCUCUUUAGUCUCUGGGGUUCAGUGACUUCGUUUUGGUCCACUCUCUUUUUUGCCUCUCUUUUAGCUCUCACCACCUUCCACCAUUACGUCCCAAAGCAAAACGGACUUCUUAGCGCUCGCGUCUCGGACUCUCCAGAGGAAGAGGAUCGUGGCCGCGGUGGUCUGCAUCGUCAUGGUUUUAGCUCUCAUCAUCGCGAUCCCUCUGCUGGUCCAGACCUCCAAGACCGAGGCGCACUACGAGAUGAUGGGCACCUGUCGGAUGAUCUGCGACCCGUACAACCCCAAACCCAGCGCCACGGCUCUGGAGGUCCUGCAGGACCUGAAGGACCUGAGCGCGGUCCCAUCUCCAGCCUUUGUUCAAGGGACUAAAGGAGAGCCGGGUCGGCCGGGGAAACCCGGGCCGAGGGGGCCUCCGGGCGAACCGGGGCAACCGGGUCCGAGGGGGCCUCCGGGGGAUCGAGGAGACUCUGGGAAGACCGGGUAUCCAGGGGGUGUGGUGGGUACAGCGCGGACCGAGACCGGAGGAGAGCUCGGAUCUGCCGUCGUCAGCGGGGCAAAGAUCGCCUUCUAUGUGGGUCUGAAGAACCCUCACGAAGGGUACGAGGUGUUGAGGUUCGACGACGUGGUCACGAACCUGGGGAACCACUACGACCCGACCACCGGAAAGUUCACCUGCCAGGUGUCCGGGAUUUACUACUUCACCUACCACGUGCUGAUGCGCGGAGGAGACGGGACCAGCAUGUGGGCAGACUUGUGCAAAAACGGACAGGUGCGCGCCAGUGCCAUCGCGCAGGACGCGGACCAGAACUACGACUACGCCAGCAACAGCGUCGUCCUGCAUCUGGACUCCGGGGACGAGAUUUAUGUGAAACUGGACGGUGGCAAAGCGCACGGCGGGAACAACAACAAAUACAGCACGUUUUCUGGCUUCCUUUUGUUCCCGGACUAAAAUGGGAUAAUAAGCAGCUCUCCAUCCUGCCAUGACAGAAACAAACCUCAGUUCAGAGUCAACACUGUUGAUCAGACCGACAGGAGGAAGUGCAACCAAGCACUUCAUCUCAUAGUCAGUCUUAAAACCUAUAACGAAUCCAUCAUAUAAUUCCACUUAUUUCUACAAUAGCUUCACAUGCUUUGCUGGUUUUCUUUAGCAAAAAAAAAUCACAAAGCAGAUGUCUCCAUUGUGGCAUGUUCAAGGACCCCUUCUGAAACAGGUUGUUCUGCUUUGGAAAUAAGUGAAAUUAUGAUGAUAAAUUCAGAUAAGUAUCCAUAAAUAUAAUAACCUCAGAGUUAUCCCCCUUCAUUGUUCUGAGACUCUGCUACAGAUGAACAGCCUUGACGCAAUGGAUUCACAGUCUAUAUUUGCAGUGCAGGUGUUGUAGCCUUUUUUCUCUUUGUGCAUUUUGUGGAGUUGAGGUUGUUCGAUGCCCUGGAGAGGGGUGGGGGGUGCACUGACACUGAGCUGAAAAGGCCUCGCUGACCACCCCCCUAUACAGAGGACAUUGCUGUGUGAUGUCAUGCUAUUUUGCUUGAAAGUGUGCCUCACAAAGAUAUAUAUAUACGUAUAUAUAUAUAUAUAUAUAUAUAUAUAUAUAAAAAUAAAUGAAAAUCAGUGAGCCCAUAUAAGCUGUAGCCUACGGUAAACUGUCCACCCAGUGUUGUCUUCAUAUUCCACU